AUGGCAGACGAAGAGACGAACAACAACCCCGACGAGACAUCGGCGAGCACGCCAACCUCGAACAGCGGCACCGCAGGAAACACCAAGGCAUCGAAGGAUCGCAGCUGCCCCUUCUGUGGACAAGCCUUCACCUCCUCGAGUCUGGGUCGGCAUCUCGACCUCUACAUCAAACCGAAGAACCCGAAGCCGCCGGACGGCGUGCACGAUAUCGAUGAGAUCAGGAAACUCAGAGGCGGCAUUACCCGUCGUCAGCCCAGAACGAGCUUGAAGGCAUCGUUGGACAAUGGCCGCAACGGCAGUCUUGACCCUCAGGGAGACAACACCAAUGGCACGCCGAGCCGCGCUGGUACCGCCCGGCCAUCAGCGUACGACGGGCGGCUGACGGACGACACGCCGCUGGCAUCGCCGGUCAAUGCGGACAGGAACGACCAUGCACACACAUUCUUGAAUCAGGCAAACUGGCAAGCUACGGGAGUGAUCAACAAUCUUCCUCCGAGAGCGCCAUCGCGCAACAAUGAGCGUCCUGGAACUGGCCAAGCACAGCGCGUUCACAAAAUGCGCCGAGAUGCUGGAGGCCACAGGAUCCAGCGACCUGAACAUGAAAGCGAGAGCAUGUGGAAGCUGCAAGAGGCGGCAGAGCUUGGACGUGCAGCAGAAAUGGCGCUACGAGAAGUGCUCGGCAGCCUCGAGGCCGCGCAGAAGAAGGUUGAGCCAAAGGCGAUAUUCGAUGACUUUGACUUCUAUUCGUUAUCUUUCCCUGGCUUAUGCUUGGCCAUACUGCCCCCGCCAGGCACUUUAUUCAGCCCAACACCUUUCCCAUCGGCGGAGUCUUGGACGCUGGGGCCGCCAGGUCUUAGACAAUUUGAGGCCAUGAAUCGCUUUCUCAACGAGCGCAUCGCCGCUAAACGUAAGAACAUACACAUUCCGGACUCUGUGGCGUUCAAGCACCACUCGCAUCUGUCCGGUGCAUGGGAACAUUGGCAGAGCAUGACCGAUACCGAUCGGACAUCAGCAUGGACUCUGGAGAUUUUGCGAUCUUUUACGCGCGCAUCGGAUCAGACGCGACAGCUGCGUUCGCAGCUAGAACAAGCGCAACAUCACACUCGCCAUCUCGAGGCGGAGUACGAGCGGCUGUCACAAUGUCAACUUCCAAGAGAAUAUCUCAUGCAUCCACCGAACACACUUCCAGUCCCUCAGAAUGUUCUGCGAGAGAUGAACACAUCGACCUUCAGAUCUGGUGUAGCGGAGACGAAUUAUGAUGCUGGGGAGCUUCUAUCAAAAUGGCGGACCACCAUACGCCAGACCACACGGCCUCUGAAAACAUCGCAGCAGCAGCCGCAACAGGGUACUGCCAGCUCCAGUUCCAUAUACGAUGAGCCGGAUCGCAACCAGCUUCGCGAUGAUAUGAUUAUGCAGGGUUCUGUCUGGAACGUGAAUGGACCCGUUCCACGUCAGCGUGAGUUUCACACAGAGACGGCCCGCAAGCAAUUAGAUGCUGUUUCCUACCAAACACCGCCUCAGCCCGGCGCCGUGGUAGGGGCCGACGAUGAAGAUGGGGGGUCGAAUGCCGAUGCAGACGCGGAAGGUGAGGCUGAAGAUGAGCCGAGUUACAGCACACAGAAUGCUCUGACACGAAGAUUUGACGGUCCUGUCGAUGACAAGGUCGAUCCACUACAAAAUGGUGGGAUCGCCGGGAUACUGAACGCCAAUGGCAAGCGACCACUUGCUACAGCGUCCAGUGGACGCGGAGCCACCAAGGUCUACAAGGAGCACUUCAGGGAUGCAGACAUUGGCUGA